CAUAAUAAGCUUUUCAUGACAGAAUGAAAUCAGAACAUGUCUGUGUUAGCUGCUGAUGUAUUAACAGUAAUAUUAUCAGCAGUGCUGGUUCCUGUGGUCUUGUGUUUCAGUCUGCUGGCUGAUCAUAACACUGAUUAAUGCAGCUUAGGGUAAACCAUCUGUUAUGCACUGCAUGCAUGUUUGAGUUUUAGCUCAUAAUGUGCCAUUUAUACCAUAGUAAGACUACUCUGAUUGGCUUAAUUAAUAAAUCAUAGUAAAUUAAAGAUAUCCAGAGAAAAUAAAGUAAUUUUAUGAGCAAUACAGUAAGGAAUCAAUUAAUUUUUACACCUCCAAUGCAUCUUUUAUAAAAAUACCACUACAAUCUGAUCUUUUAUAAAAGUUGUCUUUUAAUUAUGAUUAUUCUGAGACUUUUUUUUUUAUGUUUUCCAGAGUUAAAAUAACCCAGAAAAUGAUAACCAGAGUCAUGUUAAAAACAACCCAACUUGGGCUCUUCUUAACUAUGUAGUUAUUAGUGUGUCUGUAUGUGUUUUUGUCUGCCUUUCUAAAAAAAAAAAAAAAAAAACUUAAACUAAAGCUAAACACAAAAAGACAAGACAGGUUGUAAUACUCCAUGCGCAGUCCCGUUCAACACUAAAGGCCCGGUGGAGCGCGCUCCCGCUGAUUACGCUCGAGCUCUACAGCCGCUACCUGUCUCCAUAGCGACGCGACCCCGGAAAUACACCCUGAUCAGCUUACUUCGACUUUAUCAGUCGAGCAAAGUCACAAAAUGUAGAAGUUGGUUCAUUGUUUAUAUGUUUAAAACACUCGGCGAACAUGUCGGAGCCAGAGGAAGAUCUCAAAGAAGAGAAGAAAAAGGUCUGCAAGAAGAAGAAAAAUAAAGAGAAGCGGAGGGGAGAAAAGAUGGAGGAGGAGAAGCGGGAACAGAAGGAGCAGGUUCGCGAGGCGGAGAAACACAGUGAGAGCGUAAUCCUGAGGGGGAUCUUCAAAGUAGGAAAGAAGAGUCACGACGUCCUGCUUACCCAAACCACUCUGACCUGGACUCCCAUCAUCCCGGAGACUCCCACAGGUGAGGCGACCGCGCUGCAGCCAGGAAUGCUGCUGUUGCGGGACGUGUUUGCAGUUAAGGUGAAGCGGCGGAGAGCAGCGGGCCAGCAAUCGGGUGGAGCCAUGUUGGGAGUUGCACUCUUCUGCUGCAAAAGGCGGGGAAGGAAGCUGGAGGAGGACACCCUCCACCUCCACAAUGCCUCAGCAGAUCACACUCACACUUGGUACAAUGCUCUGAAGGAGCAGAUUGCAGGAAUCAGCACUCGUCCCAGAUCUCUGAAGGUAUUCAUCAACCCCAGCAGCCACAGGAAGGAGGCCGUUCACAUCUACAGGGAAUCUGUCGCUCCUCUUUUCAAGAUGGCCGACAUUCGCACUGACAUUACUGUAACGGAGAGGAAGGGCCACACUCUCUCAGUGAUAAAGGAAUGUAAACUGGAUGAAUAUAAUGGGGUAGUGUGUGUUGGUGGCGAUGGAUCCGUGGCAGAGCUGUGUCAUGCUCUGGUCUUCAGAGCUCAGCUGGAUGCAAACUUUCCAGAAAAGCCAGUGAAAGCAGUCCUACCAGUAGGAAUCAUCCCAGCCGGCUCCACAGAUGUGGUUUCCUGUUCUGUUCAUGGAGUCAGAGAUCCAGUCACUGCAGCUCUGCACAUCAUCCUAGGUCACCUGCAGCAAGUGGACAUGUGCAGCUUCUCGCCUGUCGGUCAGUCGGUGCAUUUCGGUUUCUCUGCCAUGUUUGGUUUCGGCGGGCGAAGUUUAGCUCGAGCAGAGAAGAGGAGAUGGAUGACGUCGUCACGGAGACGGGAGUAUGCGCUGGUGAAGACGCUGGCUAAGCUAAGACCAGAAGAAUGUGAGCUGUCAUUUUUACCAGCAAAAAAAUCGCGGCAGAAUUUAUUUUGGAAUCGAGACCAAGAUGAAAACCAGGAGCAGGACUCAGAUUUAGAGGGGGAGGGGGAGACUUCCUGGACAACCAAACAAGGCCAGUAUCUGAGCAUCAGUGUCAUGUCCAUACCAUGUCUGAGUCCUCAUGCACCUCGAGGACUGGCUCCAAACACCAGUUUAACCAGCGGCAGCGCGUCACUGAUCGCAGUAGAAAAUGCAUCCAGGUCAGAGUUCAUCAAGCACCUGAAAAGAUUCGGCAGUUCCAGUGGAGAGUUCAGCUUCUCCUUCGUGGAGGCACAUGCUGUGUCAGCAGUGAAGAUCCGUCCCCUCUCAAUGACUGGGUUCUUCAAGGAGGAGAGUGAAGAAGAGGGGGACUCCAAAAGCACCCCCAUCAUCCAGCCAGAAGGAGCCGCGUUUCCCUGGAACAUUGAUGGAGAGCUGGUGGAGAUUGCUAAUGAGGUUCUCAUCAGGGUCCAUCCCAGACUCAUCUCUCUGUACGGAGAGGAGGUGGAGGAGGCCGAGUCCACCGUCUCCUGCAGCUGCAUCUGAGCUGAAGAAUAAGCUCCAUGACUGAAAUUAUGUUUACACUUUCUGACUUUCCCCAUUCUGUUACUUAUUUAGUUCAGUCUUUUAUUGUUUAUUUGUGUGCACAAACAUGUAUUUUUUUUAUUUCAGGGUGUAGCUCCAGCAGUUUUUUCAGAAUUUACAUUCAAAAACGCAGAUAAAAAAUCUGCGAUAAUUUUUUACACAUCUCUGAAAUGUAUAUUUUGGCCAAAACAUUGAAGGAAAGAAGCGUUUGUUUUGUAUAAAAUAUUUUAAUUCUUAAUGUUUUUUAUUGAUAGAAAUCAGUGAGACUUUCCAGUGCACAAAAAGUUUUUUAAAAAUGAAAUAAUUCACAAAACUCUUUAAAAAAACAAACUAAAACACUGAUAUUUGUUGCACAUUGUACAGCAAUGGAAGGAAGCGGUUACACUGUUUGCAUUCACAGAAUACAACAAGUUGAAACAAUCCUUUAAAUAUGUUUUGCUACUUUAUUUUCUAUGUAUUUUUUUAUCCUGAUUCCUUGUGGCUUCUGCUUUCUCUUCUGUUUUCUCAUAAAGCAGCACAUAAAUUAAAUAAAACCGAUAUUGAUCUAAAGAUUCA